AUGUAUGACGAUGAAAAACCAGCUAGUAAAGAAGAUAUCUCUCAACUCAUGGCCCCUUUGGACGGAAUUCGAAACAAUCUGAUAUCCAUCACCAAUGAAUUGAGUGAAACCAGACAAAAUAUCACCAAAGGUCUACAGACUCUAAGCAAAGAAGUAAGUGAAAUCAGAAUUGAGACCAGGAAUAAGACAGCUGAAAAAAAAGCAACACCGCCGACCAGGAAAACAAAUCCCUGUUAUAUCUGUAAAGAACUAGGACAUUGGGCCCCUAAAUGUCCACAAAAGCAGGAUCCAGCCAAAAAAGAGCAAGAUCCACAAAAGCAGGAUUCUACUAAAAAAAGCAAAGACAAAGAUCCGUGGUAUAUUUGUCAUAACCUGGGACACUGGGCUUCCGAAUGCACUGACAAAGAAAAAAAUCCACCCAGCGGUAACAAGGAAAAACCAUCAAACCCGAAGAAACAGAGUCUGAAAAGAGAAAAUGUCAUCCCCAACAACAGUGAACCUCCUAAGAAAAAGGCAAAGCUGGCUGUCCCCAAGAAAAAGUGA